AUGAGUUGCUACGUCUGCCUGCGCGGGCAUGAUGCCCAGAAGCUGCCCUUUCUUUGCCCGGUGGACGCGAGAAACCACAUAUACAGCGAUCGCGUCAAAAAUUUAGAGCUUCUGACUGAGAAUGAAGGUCUCCGCAGCCAGAUCAAUACCCUAAUAGACGGUGCGGAACCUGUGGAUGCAGGCGCGGCGGCACAGAUUCUGGCCGAUGAUAGCACCCGGCAAAUUCUGCACUCAGCAGACAAGGUUCGACGGGAAAUUCGUGACGCAAAAGAGGAAAUACGGCAGAGGAAGGCCGCCAAUUCAGACCGCCGCUCGCAGCUCGCCGCGGCCUCUCAGGGUGUGUCCGAUCGCCGCCUCAAGGACCAGCGCGACGUGGAAAAGUCGAGGCAAAUGUUCAGCUUUCGCUGGUCACAGAGCGCAGAGGAUAUGGCUGGCACCAGGGCCUUUUUAUGCAGAGAGGCUGUAAAGCUCUAUGGUCUCAAGAGAAUACGAAAGGGGGGCUCUGGUCGUUAUGAAUACGUCCUCGGCAGGCUCCCGAUCGUAGAUCUCAGAGACAUGGAAUCACAAACACCCGAAGCCAUUUCUACUUCGCUUGGCCACAUAUCUCACAUUUUGAUGCUCAUUGCGCAUUAUCUCGCCGCUCGUAUCACCACGAACGCGUCUCGUUUCCGGGCACACCAGGUGCCACCACAGUUCUCCAUGAUACACAAGCGACAUCUUCUGAACACUCACCGACACCGCGGCCACUGCGACAAGAGCUCUUUUGACGAUAUUUGCAAUAUGGGCAAAAAUCUCUACAGCCUUCUGGUUAGCUCGUGUCUUCAAGGGCCACUGCUCACAAGUACAACAAACGAUGACAGUAGGCCGGCCACAAACAAAGACGAGGCUGCCCCGAGCUGGAUAGGCCGCUACUCCCAUGGCACUACGUUUUACGCUCUCGGCGGCUCUGAUGGCACCGAGCUUGUCAGAACUUUUAAACUGCCCAGUCCAAUGAAGCUGGCGGACAAGCUAAAGAAGAAAAUUCUAGGAGAAGCACCCAUACCAGACUGGGAGCUCUUGGAUGACGAUGCUUGGAAAGUAGACGAUACUACAGAAGCUGCUAAUGGCAAAGAGCUGCCUCCAAACAAACCAGAACUACCAAAGGCGGAGUCCAAAGGAUGGAUGAAAGUCAAGAGUAGAUAG